AUGAAUAUAUUAGAGGAUGAAAAUGGGGAAAUGACUUGGAUUAAAUGGUUUUGUUCAUUGGAAGAAAAUAAAUUUAUGUGUGAAGUAGAUGAGUCAUUUAUCGAUAAUGAUUUUAAUUUAUAUGGAUUAGAAAAUAGUGUUCCACAUUUUCAACUUGCAAUUGAAACAAUUUUACAAUUAGAAUAUUCACAAGAAAUAACACCAGAUAUCCAACAAGAAAUUGAUGAAGAAUCAAAAAAAUUAUAUGGUUUAAUUCAUGCUCGAUAUAUUGUCACUUCAGCUGGACAACAAAAAAUGUUAAAAAAAUAUGAGCAUUCUGUUUUUGGAUGUUGUCCCUGUAUGAAAUGUAAUAGAUAUCCUCUUCUUCCUUUAGGACUAUAUGAUAAUCCAGGCAUGGAACCUGUAAGACUGUAUUGUCCUUGUUGUAAUGAUAUUUAUAUAGUCCCACAACAAUUCGCUUCAAGAAAAUUAGACGGUGCAUUUUUUGGAACAACUUUUGCUCAUCUUUUAUUAUUACAACUUGAUGAACAUCCUAAAAAUGCAUUUCAUUAUAUCCCUCGCGUGUAUGGUUUUAAAUUAGCUUCUAGUGACUAUGAACGACCUACUGAUUACCCACAUUUUACGGGUUUAAGACAAUUUUGUCAUUUGUGA